AUGGAGGUCCGCGAGCCACGGGCACGCAGCGACUGCCUCAAGGUCAACCCCAGCCUGCGGCGGGGACGGGAACAGCAGCGGGGUCGGGACGGGAACAGCACCGGGGCUCUGCCUGAAGGGACACGGGCAGCAUUCCAGCGGGGAGAGGUGGGCGAAUCACGGGUGCCGCCCUUCGGACCGGCUGCUGCGGAGCUCCUGGCCGGAGAGCCGAUCCCCCAGCGCCUUCCCCUCGGGGGUCUCGCCCCCAAAGCCUGGGCUGGGGCUGCUGCGUCCUGCCGGGCGGGGGGAGAGGUGGGGCGAGCCUCCCCCGUCGGCGGGUGCGCGCAUCCGUCUGGAGCUGAGCGUGUCGGCGCUGGCGCGGCGUGCGCGUCUGUGUCUCCGAGCCUCCUGCGUGUGUCCCUGUCCCCGCGUGUGACACCGUGCGUGUGUGACACCGUGCGUGUGUGCUCCUGCACCUCCCUCCCCCGCGUGUCUGUGGGGGGGGGCAGCUGCUGCAGCAGCGAGCGCCUGGUGAUCAACAUCUCGGGGCUGCGCUUCGAGACGCAGCUGCGGACCCUCUCCAUCUUCCCCGACACGCUGCUGGGCGACCCCAGCCGCCGGGUGCGCUACUUCGACCCGCUCCGCAACGAGUACUUCUUCGACCGCAACCGGCCCAGCUUCGACGCCAUCCUCUACUACUACCAGUCCGGGGGAAGGCUGCGCCGGCCGGUCCAUGUGCCCCUCGACAUCUUCCUGGAGGAGAUCCGCUUCUACCAGCUGGGCCAGGAGGCUAUCGAGACCUUCCGGGAGGACGAGGGCUUCAUCCAAGAGGAGGAGAAGCCGCUGCCCCAGCAUCACUUCCAGCGCCAGGUCUGGCUGCUCUUUGAGUACCCCGAGAGCUCCGGGCCAGCUCGGGCUAUCGCCAUCGUCUCCGUGCUGGUCAUCCUCAUCUCCAUCGUCAUCUUCUGCCUGGAGACCCUGCCCGAGUUCCGCCAGGAGCCCAAGGGUCCGCAGCCCGGUUUCGGGGAGGCUGCGCCGCUGGGGGACGAGGCGCUGCUGCUGCCGCCGCUGCCGCCGCCGAGCGGCCGCUGCCGCCGCAGCGGGACCCCCCCGCCCCUGCGUCCCGCCGCCGGCUCCGACCCGUUCUUCACAGACCCCUUCUUCCUCAUCGAGACCCUGUGCAUCAUCUGGUUCUCCUUCGAGCUCCUCGUGCGCUUCUUCGCCUGCCCCAGCAAGCCCGAGUUCUCCCGCAACAUCAUGAACAUCAUCGACAUCGUGGCCAUCAUCCCCUACUUCAUCACCCUGGGCACCGAGCUGGCCCAGCAGCAGCAGCAGAAGCAGCAGCCCGGGAGCAGCAGCAACAAUGGGGGCCAGCAGCAAGCCAUGUCCCUGGCCAUCCUCAGAGUCAUCCGCCUGGUCAGGGUCUUCAGGAUCUUCAAGCUCUCCAGGCACUCCAAGGGGCUGCAGAUCUUAGGGAAGACUCUCCAGGCCAGCAUGAGGGAGCUGGGCCUCCUCAUCUUCUUCCUCUUCAUCGGGGUGAUCCUCUUCUCCAGCGCUGUCUACUUUGCAGAGACUGAUGACCCCGACUCGCUGUUCACCAGCAUCCCAGAUGCUUUCUGGUGGGCGGUGGUGUCCAUGACCACCGUGGGCUAUGGGGACAUGUAUCCCAUGACCAUUGGUGGCAAAAUCGUGGGCUCCUUGUGUGCCAUUGCUGGUGUGCUGACCAUUGCCCUGCCUGUCCCUGUCAUCGUGUCCAACUUCAACUACUUCUACCACCGAGAGACUGACCACGAAGAGCAGUGCCAGUACACCCACGUCACCUGUGGCCAGCAACAGUCACCCUUCUCUGAGCCCAAGAAGGGGGACAGUAACCAGUCCCUCAGCAAAUCUGAAUUCCUGGAAGCAGAAGACCUGUCAUCUUCUGCCUGGAGACCCUGCCCGAGUUCCGCCAGGAGCCCAAGGGUCCGCAGCCCGGUUUCGGGGAGGCUGCGCCGCUGGGGGACGAGGCGCUGCUGCUGCCGCCGCUGCCGCAGCCGACAACCCCCUUAA